AGUCGGAGAGGUCGCACGCACGCCGCUCGCAGGAUGCGGUUCGUUCGAGUGGCGGCGCUCGCGGUGGCCGGCGCCUCGCUCGUGACUGGACAGAAUCUCCGCCAAAACAGAGAUAAGACAGCCCGGCUGUAUUAUGGCUACAACAGCAACAACAACAAUGGCUACAACAGCGUGAGUAGCAACCAGGUGAUGCAGCAGUCGGCCUCACCCGCCCCCACCGCCAACAGCAAUGGCUAUGCAAACGACUACACCAACUACCAACAGCAGUACGGCUACUACGACGGCUACGGCAGCGCCUCGGACUACGCGCAGGACUAUGCCUCCGCAGCGACUUUCGGGUCCGGCGUCGCGGAGAACCCGGACUCGUCGCCGGCUCUCUCCGCGCUGGCGCUGCUCGGCUUCCUCUACUUCCUCAACCUCAUCCAGGAUGUCCUUCAGAACAACAACGGUCGCCGUCGACGAUCGCUUACCACUCUCCAGGACGCGAUGGAAGGAGAGCAGCUGAAGCCCUUAGGGUCCUUGGAGUCCCUGGACGAAGAGCAGCUGAAAUCCUUGGAGUCCCUGGAAUCCCUGGACGAAGAUCAGUCGACGCCCUUGGAAUCCGUGGAAAGCCUGGAGGAAGACAAGCUGAAGCUCUCGCACUCCCCGGAGUCCGAGGAGGGCGAGCAUUUGGAAGUCGCGUCCGACCGAAACCCGAGCGCGCGACGCCUCUCCUUCUUCGAGGAUUUUUUCAUCCGACUCCCGCAGGCGCUUGGACUGGUCAGGAAGCAGAACCGAAUCGACCGCAACGGACGUGACGAGGCGGCCAUGACCGUGGGCGGCUUCCUCACCUCGCGCCUCAAGAUGAUUUCCUCCAUCAUGAACUUCCUGCGAGACCCGAGUCCUAUGAGGGUGCGCCGAUCCUUGCCGAGUCCGUCGGGCGGCGACGGGGAGCGGCCGGAGGAGCAGGACCCGCUGCGCAGCGCGCGCUCCCGGCGCUUUACUCGCGGCAUGAACGCCUGGUACGGAGACCUCCUCGGCCGCAACGCCGAGGGCGAGGAGGGAGCAGGUGGAAUGGCGGCCAAGGUCGUAUCCCUGCUGGGCGGCGGGCGUGACCUGCAGGCCGCCGCCAGCGCCGAGGCGGUGCCGGCUCUCCUGGAGGCGACGCGGGCGCUGUCUGGCGACGCCCACCCGCACUGCCUCCAGCGCGUCCUCUGCCGCAUCAGCGCUCAGCAGCAGUCGCUCUCCCUCGCCCCGCGCCUCGCCCUGCAGUUCCUCAGCAACACACUGGCCGAGGGAGCGGCGGGCCCUGAGGACCACCUGAAGGCCGUCGCCGCUGGCCGCCGGGGCGAGGAUUGCGAGAAGUCCUUCCCGCAUUGCCGUCAGGAUCUGCAGGAGGACCCACGGCUUCCUAGCGAGCGUGGGGGUCAAUAGAUGGCCCGAUUUUACCAAAGAUUUCGUUGUUACACUGUUUUAUAACAUGUAUACGGUUUGCUUAUUUAUGUAUUUAUGUACGUUUUGUCCCUCAGCGAUUGACAGAAGCCUUGCCGUACAAAGUUGAUUUAACAAAGCUGUUAUGUCUUCCAGGUCCAUGUUGUUACUUUUUCAUGUAGAUAAUUUUUGUUUUGCUCGCGGGUGAUCAUAGGUCUGAAUAGAACAGACAGACGUGAAAACAAUGUAAGACUUAAGAAGCACUUGGAGAUCCGGCUUUGUGACUGGGAAACCAUGCUGGAUUCGCUCAACCUCUUAUCACACGUGGGUCUGAACUUAUGAGUGUGGAGGUGACUCGCCCUUCUCAUAUCAAGGAAAUACAUUGGUGAAAGUCAAACCAAAUAUUUUAGUAUUUAGGUCUCCGGUCUUGUAAUAAAGAAGAUGCAGGUCCAUUUUAUUCCCUUAUCCCCCCUCUCUUUCUCUCUCCCAUUCUCUCUCUCUCUCUCAUUCUCUAACCUAUUAUCUUACUCCGCUCUCCAUGUCUUUGAACGCCUUGUAUUUCAAAAGCGAUAACGCUCCAAUAAACCGACUUUCCCGGC